UCAAAAUAUGUCUGCGACCCUCUUUCAUGUUACAUGUGCGACCUUUUGACCUGAAGGCGAACCGUGGGAAAAGAGACAGGAGGCAGGACAAGUAGGUGGAGACUAAAGCGAACCUGAGGAACACCUGGGCAAUCUCACUUUGGCUUCUGCGGUGUGCAGAAUAAACUUGAUCUCUCCGAUUCAUCCAUUUCACUCGCAUUAUAGACAGAUCCGGUCAUGGAGAACCGUGAGGCAUCUGGAGACAAACUCACCUCAAAAUCCUUGGGAAUCUCCCACGACACCGUGUUUAAUACGGGGGAGGACAGUUCCACAGGGGAUGAAGGUGUUGCCAAAACACCUGGACCUCCAACACCUGAAAAGCCACCUUAUUCAUAUGUGGCUCUCAUUGCCAUGGCUAUCAGAGAGAGCGAAGACAAGAAACUUACCCUGAAUGACAUUUACAGCUUCAUCGUUUCCAAGUUUCCAUAUUAUGAGAAGAACAAAAAGGGAUGGCAGAACAGCAUCAGACACAACUUGAGCCUGAACGAGUGCUUCGUGAAAGUGCCCCGGGACAGCGGCGGGGAGCGAAAAGGGAACUUCUGGACGCUGGAUCCUGCGUUCGAAAAUAUGUUCGAGAAGGGGAAUUACAGGCGCAGGAGGCGCGUCAAGAGACCCUACCGACCACCCAUCUUACCGUAUUUACCAGGAACCACCGGAUUUAAUUUGACCGACUCCUAUUGCCUGCAACAGGAGCCAGUUUAUUGGCAAACCCCGUUCGUCAGCGCCACCACCACCGCAUGGAGUCAGCACCAACCCAGCUCUCCAACGCAGAUUUCUAACUUCCAGCACCUGCAGCCCAUGCUCGGCAACGCGCGUCCUCUGUCUCCAAGCGAUUACGCCAACUCUCCCGUGAGUUAUUAUCACGGUCAUCAUCACCUUCACCCGUCCUACAGAGCUUACCCGCGUCAUUCGAAUGCUCUGGUGCCUUUAAGCGCGCGCACGUACAGCGGGAUGACGCCGCCGGUGAGUCCGGGCGGAAGCUCCAUCUCCACCUGCAGCUAUCUGCAGCAUCACAGCAGCAGCCACCCUGAACUGGUGCAUCAUCCAAUUGAAAGACGAAUGACCGGAGAGAACUGGAUAUUACAAUCUAAUGUGGAUUUAUAGGCCUAUGUGUUAUUUUUUUUCAAAGUUUCUUGAUGUUAACCCCUGGAAAUUAAGUGUUGAGUCUUCGGGAAUGAUGGUUCUGAAUUUGGAGCGUUGUUGGAUGCUUAAAGUAGCCUACACAAAAGCAGAAGGUAAUGAAAGAAUACACGUUUCUCGUCUAGCCGGAAAAGAGAAACAACUUUGUUGAUUAAAGGUGGAAUUCGUUAUUAUUUCGAGUAAAAUUAAGUAGAAAUUAUGUCCAAACAUUUCUACAUUAGUUUGAUGAUUACUAUAUGGGGUCACAAUUGUCUUAUGGUCUCUUAAUAAAUGGAAUUCUUUACGUAUGUUUAUUAACAGUUCAUUUAGAAAAAUAUAUAUUUUUUAAUUUCAGCAAAUGUUUAAAUAAUUAAAAAAAAAUUUGCCAUAUGUUGAGUUAUAGUGGACUGAAGUUAUAAAAAUGUUGUAGCAAAAAUUGUGAUUACAGUCUAGAAAUGUUUUUGGUUAUGACAGAU